GUGCAUCACUGUGUACUAUGCAUUUGGCUGUAUGGCUUACAUUUUUCUCCUUCAGUUCAACUUGUGCUAAUGACAGUACUUGUCUUCCUCAGGCAGCCAUAGGAAAACCAACAGUGAGUCAUUUUUAAUGACUAUCUAUUACUGGCUUUGGAAUGUGUGUUUUUCCAUUGGGUUCCAUAUGUGAAAGAGACAUACUCUGUACUUUUAGAGAAUUUAAAGUUCUAAUUCAGAUAAGGAUUUACACAAAAAAUUAUAUGUAAGGCUAUGGGAAGGAGCGUGUACUGUACAAGUAUGCUUUACAAAAGGAAAAGUUGUCAAUAACUGAUGGCUCUGGUUGGUUCUACAGUUGUUUUUUUCAUGUAGGUUUGGUGUUUCCAAAGCAGCAGCCACGGAAAGGCUCAUUCCCUCCUGUCAUCCAUGACUAUGAAAUGUACAAAUGCCCUGUAGGAACAUAAGUUCUGGAUUCUGGUAACACUUACAAAGAGAAGUUUUUCUUUGUGAUUUUGGUUGCAAGAAGUUUCCCUACUAGUCAGAUGUUACUAGCAUCUGUUGUUUUGGGUAAAUCAGGCACUUCACAGCUGUCAUGGUAAUAGGAGAGACAAGGUGUCUCUUGGUUUCUAAGCUUCACGGAAGGAAAGAAGCACCUGUGCUUUGGAGGAUUCAGAGAUUGGGAAAGAAAAGGGGAGAAGGGGAGACAUGUGCCGGGUACCUACGAAAGGUAUAUUAUAGGAGUUAUUUUUAUGCAUAGUGCCUUAUACUACAUCUUCCCUUUUCUUAUUCCAGUUGAAGGAACAGAAUAAGCGAAUGGUUAGAGUAUUUAUUGGGGAAAAGCAAUAUGUAUAUAUAUUUUUUGGUUCUCAUCUGCCUCAUUUGUAAUUUUUAAGAAUCUGUAAAUGUACCUGAAAAUUCCAAUGUCUAAUUAUUCCUUGUAUGUUAACUAAUUGCAAUUAAUACUGUUUAAGAUUUCCAUUGUUUUUUUUUUUUUUUUCUAAUGGCUGCCUGUGUUCUCCAAAAGGAGAUUUUUUUCUUAGACUUUAAUUUUGAUUGUGGCUUACAAUAUCUUCUGAGCAACACGAACUUCCUCUUGUGCUAAAUUCUCACAUAUUAUAAUUUCUGGAACUAUAGAAGUUUUCCUGUUUGUAUAUUCAGUUUUCAUCAAUUGUAGGUCAUUCCUGUUGGGAAUAAUUUGAAAAAAGGGGGAACUUGUGUCCUGGGAAAAAAAUAAAGAACAUGUAAAUUUCCUGCAGUAUAAGGCCUUGGGAAAACAAGAGUGAAAUAAAACAUAUUUCGAAUCCCAGUGGUUGGUGGAGAAAAACAGACAAACAAAUAAACAAAACACUUUUGGUGUGUAAGAGGGGCAGGUGGAGGUAGAACUCAGUGACAACAGGCACCUUGGUUUUUCUUGUUCUUCACAACAUGGUUAUUGAGUAAAUUAAUGAGUGAACGAAGGUAGUAGUGAAUAAUCAGAAAGUACUAAUUGCAUCAGGAACCAUCCUGAAAAAAAAAAUUAAGCCCCUUAUUGUAUUUUUUUGUAAUAGCAAAGUAAAACUUAGAAGCAUCUCAUUGACGUUCCAGGCGAAAGAGUGUCUGAUGGUAUAUGAAAAUUAGUAGUAAGUCCUCAUUGUUAUCAACACCAAAAGUGUAAAAUUAUCAUUUGAUAUAUUUUUAAAAUUAUGUAUCUUUACUGUUAAUGUGAAUGUAAAAUAAUUUAAAAGAUUUCUAUAGAUUAAUUCCAAACCUUUAACUUUUCUUUUUCCAUCCUCCUGAAUUACACAAAUAGAAAUUGGUCUUCUCUGGUUUUGUUUGUUUCUUUUGGGAAUCUGUCAUCAGUGGUUAGAGUUGAUGAUAAUGCAAUUAAUUUAAUUUAAUUAUUCCAAAUUGGAUGAUUUUAUAAUAUAUGUAUGCUGCUGGAUUAUUAACUAUUAUUUGUUAAAUAAUAAUGAACUGCUUGAAGGUCAAGAUAAUCUUAUUCAGUGUCAUGUCUUUUAUCAUGUAACACACAGCAAAUGUUGGAUGGAUAAAUGAAUGGGUAGACUACAGGCCCAGUAGUACCAAAUGAACAGAAGUAUUAGUAAGUAUUAACCCUCUUGAAUCAUAAGCACAUGGUUCCUGGGACUUAGACAUUAUAAGAAGAUAUAACCAAAUAUUUGAUAUUAACAACACACCACAGAGCCAGUUUCAGUACCCAUUCUGUAUUAGCUUGCUUGGCUUGUUAUGAUAUGCAGUUAUUUAGUGAAGAUAACUGUUUCAGUUUUAAUUGUUCUGUUUUUACAAGCUAAGUUCAACUCCUCUGGGUUCUGUGUUAUGACGGGUGAUUGUGUUCCAUUUUGUGUAAGUUACUGUUUGGUAAAACUUCCCAGAACACUGGAAGAUUUCACCAGUUAGCUCUUCAUCUGUUUUCAAGUGACCUGGCAAUCUUGCCCUUCUCUGUGAAGUUGGCUUUGUAUGGUCUCCCUUUGCCUCAGCCAAUUAAGACCUUAAAAUUAGGCUUUGAGGAACCGUGCUCAUGCUUCCAGGAACAUAAUAGCACCACUUUUCAUUGAAGGAGAUGAGAAGUGUUUAAGUUUGGCCAAUGAACAAAGCAAGGAUAAAAACAAGUGCUAAAAUCACAAUUAGCCCUGAAUAUUUUAAUGCAAAAAGGGUAUCAGUUUUUAGACACUAUUCUACCAUUAUGCUAGACUUCUCUCCAUAAUUUAUGGUUCAAAGUUUCUUGCUUCUUAUAGAGAUAAUUAAGUUAUGUAGUAAGGCAUUUUGAAAAGGGUAGUAGACUCUUGUUUUUGAGGCACAUACUUUUCUACCCUAGAUUUAAAAUUUAAGCAUGAUUAAAACAUUCCUGUUGCCUCAAGCCCAAAUAAGAUUCUAGAAUGUAAGUCUUCAAAGGAUGUUUCUUUGCUGUGGGUAGGAGAUAUGAGCAGAUUUGACAUUAAGGUGUGACAUUUUUAUGGAUUUCCUAUACACUUAAAAGUUACUAUUAUCAGCCGCACCCGUGCACCCGCAGCGCGUCCCGCAGGACGUCGGCGGGACCCUGGCGCUGGCGCCACUCGCGCCUCAACGGGCUGGCGUGCGCGGGACUCGCUGUCGCUGAGCAGCGGCUCCGGGGGCGGCUCGGGCUCCGCCUCAGACGAUGACGCGGACGAUGCGGACUGGGCGCUGGCGGCUAAGAGCAUGCAUUUCCUCGGCCUGCGCGCGGCGCAUGACGCGCUGCGCUCGGACUCGCCGUUGCUGUGCCUGGCGGCCGACAGCAGAACUUACUACUCCCUGGACAGACACAGCCGUGGGCCGCUCCCACCGGCCAAGCAGGACUCGGCGCCCCUCUAGGGCCCCCGCCGCCCGCUGCCUCCUCCAUCUCGCCCGCCCCACUGUCCUUAAAGAGAACGGAGACCACCAACUGGAGAGAGAGAAAGGAGGAAAAAAAGAAAUAAAAGUAUUUUUAUUUUUUAUAAAAGGAAAAAGAUUAAUGUUAUCUGAGAAGCUGGAUUCCUCUAUGUCUGUCAGUUGAAGUGGAGAUGGGAAACAGUUGUGAUAAAGAGGUGCCGGCAGAAUGGUCCCCCGGCAGACAGAGUAUCGCAGGGACCAGUACAUCAGAGAAACCCGACUCCAUGGAUACUGCAAAUACCUCACCCUUCCAAGUAUCAGGGUUUUUCAGCAAGCGCCUGAAAGUCUCCAUCAAGAGGACCAAAAGCCAAUCAAAGCUUGACAGAAACACGAGCUUUCGGCUUCCAUCCCUUCGAAAUACAGAUGACAGGUCUUGUGGGCUGCCUAAACUAAAGGAGUCACGUUCCCGUGAGCCCUUGCUGAGCCCGUGCAGUGCGGUGGAAUGUCUGGAUCUUGGUAGAGGGGAGCCCGUGUCUGUGAAACCGCUCCAUGGUAGCAUCCUUGGACAGGACUUCUGCUUUGAGGUUACCUACUUAAGUGGAAGUAAGUGCUUCAGCUGUAACUCUACUUCAGAGAGAGAUAAGUGGAUGGAAAACCUUCGAAGGACAGUUCAACCAAAUAAGGACAAUUGCAGACGAGCUGAAAAUGUUCUCCGUUUAUGGAUCAUUGAAGCCAAGAACCUUGCCCCUAAAAAGAAAUAUUUCUGUGAACUGUGCCUUGAUGAUACCCUCUUUGCUCGUACAACCAGCAAGACCAAUGCAGAUAAUAUUUUCUGGGGUGAACAUUUUGAAUUCUACAGCCUUCCGCCUCUUCAUAGCAUCACAGUUCACAUUUAUAAAGAUGUGGAAAAAAAGAAAAAAAAAGACAAGAAUAAUUACGUAGGGCUAGUCAACAUCCCCACUGCCAGUGUGACUAGCCGCCAAUUUGUAGAAAAGUGGUAUCCUGUGAGUACAUCUACACCCAACAAAGGAAAGACAGGAGGGCCUUCUAUUCGGAUUAAAUCACGCUUCCAGACUAUUACCAUUCUACCUAUGGAACAAUACAAAGAAUUUGCGGAAUUUGUCACCGGCAACUACACCAUGCUGUGUUCUGUCCUUGAACCAGUAAUUAGUGUGAGAAAUAAAGAGGAGUUGGCUUGUGCCUUAGUGCACAUUCUUCAAAGUACUGGCAGAGCCAAGAAUUUUCUGACUGACUUGGUGAUGUCUGAGGUGGAUCGUUGUGGAGAGCAUGACGUCUUGAUCUUCAGAGAGAACACCAUCGCUACCAAGUCCAUUGAGGAGUACCUCAAGUUGGUAGGACAGCAGUACCUCCAUGAUGCACUGGGGGAGUUCAUCAAAGCUAUCUAUGAGUCAGAUGAAAACUGUGAAGUGGAUCCCAGCAAAUGUUCAUCUAGCGAGCUGAUAGACCAUCAGAGCAACCUGAAAAUGUGCUGUGAGCUGGCUUUCUGCAAGAUCACCAACUCCUACUGUGUUUUACCUCAGGAACUGAAAGAAGUAUUUGCAUCGUGGAAGCAGCAGUGCUUGAACCGCGGCAAGCAAGACAUCAGCGAGCGACUCAUCAGUGCCUCACUGUUUCUCCGUUUUCUGUGCCCAGCCAUUAUGUCUCCUAGUCUUUUCAACCUUAUGCAGGAGUAUCCUGAUGACCGCACGUCUCGGACUCUGACUCUAAUUGCCAAGGUCAUUCAGAACCUGGCGAACUUUGCCAAAUUUGGUAACAAAGAAGUAUUCAUGGCAUUCAUGAAUGAUUUUUUAGAACAUGAAUGGUGUGGAAUGAAGCGGUUUCUUUUGGAGAUCUCUAAUCCAGACACCAUCUCAAAUACCCCAGGCUUUGAUGGUUACAUUGACCUGGGCCGAGAGCUUUCAGUUUUGCAUUCCUUACUAUGGGAAGUAGUGUCCCAACUUGAUAAGGGUGAAAAUUCCUUCCUACAGGCAACCGUGGCAAAAUUGGGACCUCUCCCUCGUAUUCUUGCCGAUAUUACCAAAUCUCUGACUAACCCUACACCAAUACAACAGCAACUGAGACGCGUCACUGAGCAUAGCUCCAGCCCAAAUGUCAGUGGACGUCUCUCCUCUGGGCUGCAGAAAAUAUUUGAAGACCCCAUUGACAGUGACUUGCAUAAACUGAAAUCUCCAAGCCAGGAAAACACGGAUGGCUAUUUCCGAGGGAAAACAUUAUUGCUGGUUCAGCAAGCCUCUUCCCAGAGCAUGGCUUAUUCUGAAAAGGAUGAAAAAGAAAGUAGCCUUCCCAAUGGCCAGGGCAUCUCCCUCAUGGACCUUCAGGACACUCGCGCUGCUCAGGGGGAGCACGCGCCUGCUGUGCUCGAUGUGCCUAUGCGCUUGACCGGAAGCCAGCUCUCCAUGACCCAGGGGGCCGGCAUCAAACAACUGCGGGAAACCCAGAGCACUCCCCAGAGCACAGCCCAGGUGAGGAGGACCCUGCACUCAGCCUUGAACCAGCCAGGCAGCCUCCAACCCUUGUCAUUCCAGAACCCUGUCUAUCACCUCAAUAACCCAAUGCCAGCAAUGCCAAAGGCCUCUGUGGAUUCCAGUUUGGAGAACCCAAGCACUGCCAGUUCCAGAAGCCAAAGUAACAGUGAGGACUUCAAACUCAGUGGACCCAGCAAUAGCAGCAUGGAGGAUUUCACCAAACGUAGCACUCAAAGUGAGGGCUUCUCCAGGCAGCACACUGUGCCAGACAGACACAUACCUCUUGCUCUGCCACAGCAAAACAGUACUGGGCAGGCCCAAAUCCGAAAAAUGGAACAGGCUGGGUUAGGUGCCCGAGCCAAAGCACCGCCAUCCCUGCCCCACAGUGCAUCCUUGCGAAGCACAGGGAGCAUGUCCGUGGCAUCUGCAGCCCUGGUGGCUGAACCCGUGCAGAAUGGGAGCCGGUCCCGGCAGCAGUCUUCUUCCUCCAGAGAGAGCUCUGUUCCCAAAGUGAGAGCAAUCCAGAGACAACAGACUCAGCAGGUCAGGGUUCAGUCUCCUGUGGACUCUGCCACAAUGUCCCCAGUAGAGAGGACAGCAGCCUGGGUUCUGAACAAUGGGCGAUAUGAAGAGGACCUGGAAGAAUCUGAGCAAAAUCAAGAUGAAGCCAAGCAUGCUGAGAAGUAUGAGCAGGAAAUUACCAAACUGAAGGAGCACCUGCGGGUGUCCAGCCGGCGGCUGGAGGAGUAUGAGCGCCGGCUGCUGGUACAGGAGCAGCAGAUGCAGAAGCUGCUGCUGGAGCACAAGGCCCGGCUGGAGGACAGCGAGGAGCGGCUCCGCAGGCAGCAGGAGGAGAAGGACAGCCAGAUGAAGAGCAUCAUCAGCAGGCUAAUGGCUGUGGAAGAGGAAUUGAAGAAGGAUCACGCUGAGAUGCAAGCAGUUAUUGAUGCAAAGCAAAAAAUAAUUGAUGCACAGGAAAAACGGAUCGUGUCCCUGGAUUCAGCCAACACCAGACUCAUGAGCGCACUGACACAGUGAAAGCACUGCAGUCGUUAGAGGGGGAAUGUGGGAGCUGUGUGUGAGUGAGAACCAAGCCCGGGGUCCAGGAGACAGAAACCAUGUGUCUGUCUAGCUGAUAGAGGCACAUGGAGUGCAAUAGGACUUUGUCAGAAUGAAUAUUGCAGGGAUUCAUCUGCCAGUUUAAAACCCUGCUCUGACCCCCUUGUCAUUUAGGAAAACAUGCAAAUACCAAGAUCCAAACAAAACAUAUUAUCCCAUUGGUCAAGACUGGCUCUGGAUGGACAUCUAAUCUGAUUUGGGGAUACACUGUUUCAGAGGACACAGAUAAGAGCUGUUGCAUCAAAACUGGACUUUAGGAGUGUUUCCUUUGAACUCCUGUUGAUGUUUAUUUCCUUCUGCCUAUAGAAGAUGGGAAUUUUCCAUUUUAGAUAGGGGCCUUUUUUUAAACCCCUGUUGUAAUAAAGGGUGUUCUCCUCUUUAGAGUUUA